AUGCCAAAGCUCGCUGAUCGAACUGGUCCCCAUGUCCUAUUUACCAUUCUGAAGAAGAUUUACCGCCCAUCCAGCUCCAAGAUCAAGAGUCUUGUCAACAAGCUAGAGGCACUCAAGUUGACAGAUUACCCUGGGGAAAAUGUUUCUCACUUUGUCCACGAUGCAUCUGCUAUCGUCCGGGAAAUUCAGAUGAACCAUAUGCCAAAUGCAACAGUCCCUGACUUGACAACUUCGGUGCUCAAGGGUCUUACCACGGCAAGCGACCCAUUGCUUCUCCAAAGUAUGAGAGAGCUUCGUCUUGCCAAUGAUGUCAGUGGAUUUGAUUCGACUAACAAACAAGUGAUGGGUCCCAUCGCUGCUCUUCGCAAAGGUGAAAACCUUUACACCGUGCUGGUCUCUCAAAGUGACUAUGCACCUGCCCAGCAGAUUUCUUCUGAUAUCAAGCACAAAGCUAUGCUAACCCAAAUGGCUGCCAUGGUGGCUAAAGAAUUGAAGACCACACUUACUCAGGACAGGUCUGCAGGUGGCGGCAGCGGUGGUGGCAGUGGGAGCAGCAGUAUCAAAUGUUGGACAUGUGGAGGUGACCACAUGCAACGUGAUUGCCCCAAGUCUGGCAGCAGCUCUGGAUCUAGUGGCAGUAACAGUUCCACUGGUCGUGGCAUCGCCAAACAUGGACUGGAUGAGGCCACUAUUGCAAAAGGAGCUAAUCGAGUUGAAUAUGUUCCCGCUAGUGGUGCUGAAUCGCCCCCUGCUGCUGUUGUACCACCACCCCCACUGGACACAGGGGUCACUGCUGGAGGAAAUCUUUGUGGUGCUGUUCGAUUUGCUGAUGCUCCAGUUAUUGAUCCACAGGAGUUCAUGCAACGGGAUGAAGUCAACUAUGAUAUGGGCAGUAUCCCAGUUGUCGACCAUCACUUGGCUGAAGCUUUGGAGGAAGACGACGAGUUUUCUUUCCUGUCUCUGCUUUAA